CCCAAGGUUCCUAAUAAUAAUAAAUAUAAUAAGUAAUGAGAGAGCAAUAGAAUAAGGCAAUAACCCCUCACAUACUCUAUUAUAACUCUGAUAUUAAAAUAUCUAUCUAUCUAUCUCUGCUGCUAUUUGAAUCUGUGUUCCACUACUUACUGCAGAGUGAGUGAGGCCUCAGGAGCCUUUUUCUGUUUAAUUCUUCAUUUGUUUUCUACCAUCAAAAUCACUGAUCUGAUGAUGAAUGGUGGAAGCAGCAGGAGCAGCAGGUUCCCAUUCACACCAUCACAGUGGCAAGAGCUUGAACACCAAGCACUCAUCUACAAAUACAUGGCUUCCGGCAUCUCCAUCCCCCCUGAUCUCCUCUUCUCCAUCAAAAGAGGCUACCACCUUGACCACUCUAGGCUCUUCCCUCCACAACACCUUGGAUGGAACUAUCUGCAGAUGGGUCUGGGAAGAAAGAUAGACCCUGAACCAGGAAGAUGCAGAAGAACCGAUGGAAAAAAAUGGAGAUGCUCAAAGGAAGCAUAUCCAGAUUCAAAGUACUGUGAGAGGCACAUGCACAGAGGCAAGAACCGUUCAAGAAAGCCUGUGGAACAAUCACCAGCAGCACCACCAACGAACACGGAUGAUGCUGCUGCUCCAUCUUCUUCAACCACAACAACAAUCUUAUCAAUCACCAACAACAAUAACUCUCUCUCCCCUCUCUCAUCUGCAUCACUGUCCUCUCAUCAACACCAACACCAACCCUCUUCAAGGUCCUCCAACUCCAUUGGCUUCUCUUUUCAGGACAACAACGCUGCUCCUUUGUUUCUUGACACCCAGACCAACACCGACUGCAGAGAGAGGUAUAUUUAUGGGCUGAAAGAGGAGGUGGAUGAGCAUGCUUUCUUCACUGAACCUUCGGGAACAAUGAGAAGCUUCUCUGCUUCGUCCAUGGAUGAUUCAUGGCAGCUGACACCACUCACCAUAAGCUCCUCAACUUCUUCGAAUGAAAACAACAACGAGUACUCUUACUUGCAGCUUCACCACCAUAGCUUCAACGCUGAUCAUAACAACAACAACUCAAAGCAUCAGCAGGGUGGUGGUUGCUACAUGGCUCUUGGGAAAGAAGAAAAGCCACAUCAUCAGAAGACCACCGUUCAUCGUUUCUUCGAUGAAUGGCCUCACAAGAGUAGAGGAGGCUCAUCCUGGCUUGAUUUGGAUGAUAAAUCUUCCACUACUCAGCUUUCCAUUUCCAUCCCCACAUCCUCUCAUGACUUCACAACCUUCAUUUCAAGGAACACUAGAGAUGGUUAAGCUUAGCUUUCAAAAGUGGGACCUACCCCUUGGCAUGUGGGUGAGAGUAAGACUGAAUCAAAGGGCCAACAAUGUGCUUUGGCAAGGGAUGAGUGGGGUUUGCACAUGGACAUGGACAUGGACAUGGUUGUGAAAAAAGUAUCUAUUCCUAUUCCAAUUUCAAGUGCUCCCCCGUUUUUCCACCUGUGUUUUGUAAAUGAAGUUCAAGUGGAUUUGUGUCUCCAUGACAGGGAUCCAAUGUCUUAAUGUCUUUACCUGUUUACUGCUUUCUUAUUUCUUAUGUGUUUUCUAAUUCUAUGCUAUUAUUAUUAGUGUCUCUUCCUUUCUUUCUACCAAACAUAUUUUCUCAUGUUUAUGGUAAUUACACUUUUCUUUGUGUU